AUGGUGAUCGCCGUGCGGAACUCGAAGACUUCCAAGGAUGCCCGUCUUCAGCAGAGCUACACGGUGCAACAUCUGGAAGCGGAGUUGUGCGCCGUCGGCGAGACCGGCCUGUGGUUGCACUUCAUCCUCGACCAGAUCGGUCAGUUCCACGGCGUCGACUUCCUUCCGCCGCUGGACACCACCAAACGCGAGCGCUGGUACAAGAAGCACCUCUUCUUCGCACGCAACGACAAGGAGCAAAAAGAGCUCUCCGCCGCCAGCCACCAACGUUGGACGCGACAGUUGUGGACGACCAACAAGAUGUUACGCAAGCGGAACGUGCAAGCCGCUCACGCCGGAGGUGCGCAGGAGCCAGCCAUUGAAGGGACGCCUCGCGCCGAGAUCGCCGAGCUGGGUCACUGGGCACUCGACAAGAUGACGCGAGCUUACAUCACAGCCGUUCCCGUGGGGGUGGUGAUGAGGAAGGCCGGCUACUCGGGUGCCAAGCAAGACUACUUCUUGGGUCGUAGCAGUGUGGAACCUUCCGCCAAGCUCUAUGACAUCAUCGCCGAGCACAUCUUCCCCGGCGUGGAUGCUCUGCUACGCGAUGUGGAAACGCGUGCUGCCAAGGGGUCCGACGCCGACAAAGCCGACGUGCACUUCUGGCGUACCCUCCAGAUGAUGCGCCGCAUCGUCGCCGAGGACCUUGCGGUGAAGCUCGUUCGCACACCGUGGCACCCGUACGCCCAAGGUUCCAAGCUCUACUGGAUUGCCCUCUUCCAGCACUGGGCGAAAGGGUCGAGAAGGGUCGCCGAGCCGGAAUUCGUUGACCGCCACACCCUCCUCAAAGGCGCGACGCAGGGUGCAUACGACAUGAAGGUGUGCCGCAUGCUGAAGGCCAUGGAUGCAGUGCGCCUUCUUCGCUCGAGCGACGGCGAUGCCGACACCGAAAUCGUCGUCGCUGCACUGAACAAGAUCGCGUCGCCGGGAAUUGGGACCUUCUGCGAUGCCCUCACGGUGCUCAAACCGGGUUCGGCACCGACGUACUCCAAGGAGCCUGGCAUGGGAGUCAAGGAGCUGGGCCCCAAGACGGUCCCGAAGCUACGUCUCGCCUGUGCACUGGUGGCGCUCAACUUGAAGCCAAGAGCUUGGGUCGCCGCCCUGUUUCCAGACACCUGGGAGGAGCAGAUGUCGAAGACCGUGGCCGACAUGGCCAAGCAGACCGCACCUGUGCAGCGUCCUCCGACAAAGCGCAAGAAGGCGGCAUGA